AUGGUCAUGUCAGAGCCCAAGCAGAGAUUGUCCUCCACUUCUCAUCAACUAGACAAUCAAAGAGCAACGAGAUCGUUACUAUGGAGAUCUAACAGCGACGGCGAUAGAAGCAAAAACCGUCGGGGUUUGCUCCAUCGAUUUCGCAACUGGCGGUACUACCGGACACUGGUAGUAUUCUUGUCUUUAUCGGUUGCUUCAUGUAUUCUUGUACUCUGGCGUCCAUCCUAUCAUCCCUGGAACGAAUACGUUCCUACGUCACCAACACAAGAAGAGGCAGAACCUACCCAUUCAUCGAAGACACGAGGAAGACCUCUGAACAUUCUGUUGCUGUAUGCCGACGAUUGGCGCCAUGAUUCCUUGGGAGUAGCUGGCAAUCCCUUUGUCCAGACGCCCUUUCUCGACCAACUGGCGUCUCGAGGUAUUCGAUUCACACAUAACUGUGUCACUACCAGCAUUUGCUGGAUGAGCCGGGCAACCUUGCACACUGGAAUGUACGCCUCCCAGCACCACGGAUGGAUGCCAGAUACACCGUAUUGGUAUCAGCAUUGGUAUCAGUCCUUUCCGUACUUGAUGAAGACGGCACAAGAAUAUGCCACGGUUCAUGUAGGAAAAUGGGAUUGGAGCUAUUUCCAUGACAUACGAGAAAUCUUUGAGACUUAUACCUUUUCUCGAAUCUAUCAGGGGAAGCAUUGGUAUACCAAGGAAGAAGUGCUGGCAGACAAUGUAGAACAGACCAAGGUCACAGGAGAACCACUCUACAACCAAGACAACUACCUUGUACACAACCACGAGACUGACCAGAUCCACAUUACCGACCGUACCGUCCACGAUGCCAUGGAAUUCUUGAAACACAGACCAGACAAUAAACCUUUCAUGAUGACGGUUGCCUUCUUUGCACCUCACAGCGUUGACGGGACACAAGAACAGUUCUACCCUCAGCCAGAGACUGCUGCACACUAUGACUUGCAGCGAGAACAGAUUAUACCACCUGUUCCACCCGGGUUUGAUAUUGCUAGCAUGAAUGCUUCCUUUGACCGGUUACCGCCGAGCAUCUUUCACGAAGAAGGCAACGAAGCCCGAGUCCGGUGGCAUUUACGAUUUGACAAUACCACCAAAUACAAUGCCGCCAUGCACAACUACUAUCGCAUGAUUACAGGUGUGGAAAAGGCGUGUCAAACUCUUGUGGAGGAAGUCCAACGUCAAGGCAUUGAGGAUGAAACCUUGAUCAUCUUUACCACCGAUAACGGAUUCUACCAUGGAGAACACGGUCUUGCCGGCAAGUGGAAUGCGCAUGAAGAGAGUAUACGGGUGCCCUUGAUCAUUGUGGAUCCUCGUGCAGAACACUCGAUGAAAGGAACUGUGCGGGAUGAAGUUACACUCAACAUUGAUUUGGCACCCACGUUGUUGGCUGCCGCCCAAGCCCCCAUUCCGGCUCACAUGCCAGGACGUGAUCUAUCAGAACUCUACCUAAGGAAUGAUGACGACAAUGCUGUGGAUACCUGGAGGGACGAGUUCUACUAUGAAUAUCCACAAAUGUGGGAUGCUGAGGAUAUCUUUUUACCGGCUUCGACAGCCUUGGUUCGCAAAUCCUACAAGUACAUCCAAUGGGGUGCCAAGCCAGAACACCAUGUGGAGCAAUUGUUUGAUCUUCGAAAGGAUCCGAAAGAAGAGUCGGAUUGCAGCGCCCUGCCGGAAUAUGCAAGCAUACUGGAAGAGAUGCGACAACGCCAUGGCGAAUUGAAGGAACAAUACGGUGGGGAUCUGUUGGGGUACCACAAAGUGAAAAGCCAUGGUUCCUCCUGGCUUCCAAAAGAAAGCAGGUAA